UUAGGAGGGAGAGAGGAGCGCGCGCGUAAAUCCUAGAGAGGCGGGCUAAGUAGGCCUGGGGGGAGGGUUCAUCUUCCGGAAAGACUGGAUUCCGGGACGACCAGAGUUGCCGCUCACCGACCUCUCACUUGUAAGAUGAUCCAAGAACGUUGGCUGCCAUUUGCACCCACCGGAGAUCUUCAUAUGGAAGCCAGAGCCGUCUUCAAGCUGAAAUCAGGACUUACAGCCGACGGGUUCCCAAGACGGCGGAGGGAAGCUUGGCGGGCGCACGCAUGCGUGGUAGGCCCCCUCCACGUGCGGCCGGACCGCGGCCUACCCGCGCUUGAAGGCCCCGCCCCGGGUCUCAGCAUCUUUCCGGUCGUGCGGAGCCGGUUGUAAAGAAGAAAGUUCUACUCUUCCUGUCAAAAUGAAGUGUGAUUUUAAUUGUAACCAUGUUCAUUCUGGACUUAAGCUGGUAAAACCUGCUGACAUUGGAAGACUAGAUUCCUAUACUCCUGCAUAUUUGGAAGGAUCUUGUAAGGACUGCAUUAAAGACUAUGAAAGGUUAUCAAGUAUUGGGUCACCAGUUGUGAACCCUAGCAUUGUAGAACUUCAAACUGAAAGUAAACCCUUGCAUAACAAGGAAAAUCAGCAUGUGAAACAAACAUUUAAUACAAAUGAGAUAGAGGAGCUACAGACCAGUAGACUUUACGAAGACAGUGGCUAUUCAUCAUUUUCUCACCAAAGUGGCUUCAGUGAACAUGAAGAAGAUAGCCUCACUCUGGAGGAAAAUUUCAGUGACAGUCCACAAUCCUGCCUGCUACAGAUACAAAGCCCAGAACAAUAUCCCAACAAAAAUUUGCUGCCAGUUCUUCAUUUUGAAAAAGUGGUUUGUUCAACAUUAAAAAAGAACGUGAAACGAAAUCCUAAACUAGAUAGGGAGAUACUAAAGAAAAUCAUAGCCAGUGGAAAUUCUGGACUACAAAAUAUAAUUGGAAGGAAAAUGGGCCUAGAAUUUGUAGAUAUUCUCAGUGAACUCUUUCAAAGGGGACUCAGACAUCUCUUAGCAAAUGUUUUAGCACAGCUCAAUGAUAUGGACUUAAUUAAUGUGUCCAAAGUAAGCACAACUUGGAAGAAGAUUCUAGAAGACGAUACAGUGGCAUUCCAGUUGUACAAUAGAGCAGUGCAAAGAAUUACUGAAAACAUCACUAAAUUUUCACCACAUGCUUCAACCAGAGAUUAUGUUAUGUUCAGAAUCCCAUUGGCUUCUAUUCAAAAGUCAGCAGCCCAGACUCAUGUCAAAAAAGAUGCUCAACACAAGUUGUCCACUCAAGGUGAUCAGAAAGUUUCUACUUAUAGUCGACACAAUGAAUUCUCUGAGGUUGCCAAGACUUUGAAAAAGAAUGAAAGCCUCAAAGCCUGUAUUCGCUGUAAUUCACCUGCAAAAUAUGAUUGCUAUUUACAACGGGCAACCUGCAAACGAGAAGGCUGUGGAUUUGAUUAUUGUACAAGGUGCCUCUGUAAUUAUCAUACCACCAAAGACUGUUCAAAUGGCAAGCUCCUAAAAGCCAGUUGUAAAAUGGGUCCCCUACCUGGUACUAAAAAAAGCAAAAAAAACUUAAGAAGAUUAUGAUCUCUUAUAAAAUCUAUUGAUCAUGAAUGUUACAUAGAAAAUAUUAGGUUUCAAUGUAAAAAUUUAAAAAUUAAAUGUAUUGUGGUUUUUUAACUUUAUGUUGAAAUUAAUGUAGUAUCUGGGUUGUUUUCCCAAAUGAUGAAACCUCUUAAAAUAUUUUACAAUUUAAAUGUGAAAAGGUUUAAAAUUCUUAGUACAAAUCAGACAAUUUAAAUAUUUUUAGAAAAAAGGAAAAGUGGAUAGUUUUUGAUACAGGGGGUAAAAUAAAAUUGAUUCAAUUUUAUGGUAAAUGAAAGCCAUGUCAUUUUACCUGGACAAUCUUAAAUAUAAAUUUGAUUUACCAUCUAUUAACAUUGAGACAUUUUAUUCAUUUUACCAAGUUAAUACCAACAGAAAUAUCAACUUUUGGAGUCUGUUAGUUUAAAUGUUAUGUCAUCUUUCUUAAACUCUUUUUUUCAGUGUCUAUUUCCCAAGAAGGUAUCCUUUGUAAAAUCUUGUUCUUUCCUUAUUUCUGAAGUCUGUUUUAAUAGUGUUGUAUGCAUGUAAAUUAUUUCUGUAUUUUUAUGUCAAAUUAUGAAAAUAAAUAUCUUUUUUAUGU